UUUAUUCCGGUUUCGAGCUAACGUGCUUUGUAAUGUGUAACCUAUAUGCUCCGAGUGUAACUUAGCUAAAGAGGCUUGAUUAAAAAAAACAGCGAGUUCAGUUUUAAUCGUAUUUUGUACUUUAUUUUGUUUUCCUAACAUAACUGUGGUCACAUGUGGUUAGGUGAGUGACCGGUGAGCUAGUAUUUCAUUCUCAUGCUAAUGUUAGCAUAACUCAAGCUAAUGUAGACAGUCGUUUGAAGUAGAACACUUGUAGCUCUCCUGCUGAUGGUUCAGGAGGUAUGGAGGGUCCGUCCUCACGUCUGUCUGAGGCCCGAGAUGGAGCAGUGCAGCCGGCGGGAGGGAGGGAUGCCAGCGGGGAAGUGGAGUCUGACUCUUCCCGGGACGUGAAAACACACUUUCGCGUGUGUCGGUUCAUAAUGGAGACAGGAGUGAAGCUGGGUAUGCGCUCAGUGCCUGUGGCUACAGCCUGUGUGUUGUAUCACCGUUUCUUUGAACGUGUGAACAUCAGUUCCUAUGAACCAUACCUGGUGGCCAUGAGCUGUGUGUACCUGGCUGGAAAAGUGGAGGAGCAGCACAUAAGGACCCGGGACAUUAUCAACGUAAGCCACAGGUAUUUCAACAGUGGCAGUGCUCCUCUAGAAUGUGACAAGGAGUUUUGGGACCUGAGGGACAGCGUAGUGCAGUGUGAGCUCCUCAUCCUCCGACAGCUCAACUUCCAUGUCUCCUUUGAACACCCUCACAAGUACUUACUCCACUAUCUGUUGUCGGUGAAGUCACUGGUCAACCGCCACGCUUGGUCUCGGACCCCUGUCGCAGAGACGUCCUGGGCAUUGCUUAGAGACUGUUACCAUGGAGCCAUGUGUAUCCGCCACGCACCCCAACAUAUUGCCAUAGCAACGCUGUACCUGGCUCUUAACAGCUACGGAGUGGAACUGCCAGUUGGGGAGAAAGAGUGGUGGCAGGUUCUAUGUGAGGAUGUGACCAGAGCUGACAUAGACGCUGUGAUCUCAGACCUUCUCCAGUUGUACGACAUGGAAGCCAAGUGUAUCUGAAGGACAUAACCUUAGAUCUGAACACAGGAGAUGCAUAACAACUGUCUUGUCUGUCGUGUGUGUGUAUAGUAUCUACAUAUGAUUUAAUGUGUCUGUGUGGCAUGUGCCUGUGCAUGUGUGAACACCAUAUCUGGGUUCAGGUGCAUUUGUAUAUUUGUGUGUGUGUGUGUGUGUGUGUGUGUGUGUGUGUGUGUGUGUUAGCAAGCGAGGAACAGUUUGUGUUGCCCCAGUUAGUCUUUGAGGUGUGACAAAAACACAUCUGCACUACCGAUCCCUGCCACCUUGGGGAGACAUUUCUUGCUUUCUGGUUUCCAAUCCCUGGGCCCUGCAGAAUGCUGAUGUGCUCUGGAAUACAUCAUCAGCACCGGCCCUCUUGAAAAACAUCCCAGCUCUCAGCACCAGCCAGCCUUUCAUAUUCCACACAGACAAGAUUACAAAUUGAUUUAACACUCCUCACCCAGUUUUUGAGGACAUAAUAAAAAUAAUCUCAGUCAAUAAUUGUCAGAAAGAUGGUGUGAUUCCCAAGACAUGGGAAUGUUGACCUCUGUCAUAACUUUAUUGAACACCAACGUCAUCCCAACUCAUUGGUCCAGUGGGAUAAUUUGAUCCAACUAAUGUAUGUAGUUGAGUUUAUGAUCGUUAUAAGAAUCCAGAGCAUCUCAAAAUUAGCUUUUCAUAACUGGAUACCAGUUUUCUCUAUAAUAAAACAUAAACCAAAAAAUAAAUAACACCUCUGUUAUCAUUAUUAGUAGAAGAUUCUGAAGUCCUGUAAUUGGAUUUAUGACAUUCAUCAUGAGCAGUUACUGUUAAUGUAUACAAAUGAUUAUUUUUUUUAUAAAAAGAGGUCUCACCAUCCACAUGUAGGUUUUGUACUAGUCUUGCUUUGUGUUAAUCUGUCCUCCAUAGUUUUGGCUAGUUAUGAUUUUUUUUUUGUCCCAACCCAUACAUCUAGUUUUCUUUGUCAGCAACAAGAGUUAGUCAAAAACCUAAAAAUCUGAACUAGCCCAUCUGUGAAUAUAUCAGUGUGAAAUAUUGUGACAGCCCACGGAUAAAAGCCCAUAUAGCCUAGGGGUAGCUUCAAUUCUGUAAUACAGUUGGCUCAAGUAUGUGAGUGUUAAGGUUAUUUCAGGACUCCUUGUUCUGACUUUUAAUAGUCACGUUGGGGAGAAACAGUAACACUAGAAUGAAAGCUCAGCUCAUCUCUAGUGUGAGAAAGGAGUUUGACUUUUUCACAUCAGCCUGUUAAUAUAAUGUGAAAGUUUACUUGAUGUGUUUUGAAGUCCUGUUUUUUUGUUUAUUUUUACUGUACAGAACUUCAGACUUGAUAUGUGUCAAAUGGGAAUAAAGACAGAUUUUUGUAUUCUUA